ACCGAGUCAUUGAAUAACGUUGUGUCCUUUUGUGUCAUGAUUUACAGAGAUGGUCUGACGUGUGUGUGCUCACUGCCCUAAUUACGUAGGCGUGGCACUAGAGAUUCGUGAUGUAUGCGAAGUUCGUUACGUUCCUUACUUUGGGUGCCCGGUUUGGUUUCCUCGUACCAAGAUCAACCAGCAAUGAUUUGGAAAUGAGUAUGUUUGUAGUAGAAACAUCUCCGGUCGGUACCAUCCUCAGGUGCACUUUGGGUAUCUCUGUCAACUGUACUCGCCUACAGAUUAAAGCGCCCUUUGCUCGGAGUGUCGUGUAUGACCCAGUACACGACCACGUCUACUGGACCUUCUCGGAAUUCAUAAACAGGAUCAGAUCCUCUGGGGAGAACUAUGAACACAAAUGGUUCAAAUUUGACUCGAAACCAUCUGUUGUUGCCAUUGACCAUUCCUCGAGGUUGCUGUUUGUGCUGUCCUCCAGCCGCAGCUCGUCCUUGCGAUCAGUGUCCCUGCAGACAAGGCACCAGACGGAGCUCCCUGCCCCCAGCCCCCGCUUGUGGGGUCUCGCUGUCGAUGCGCUCAUGAAGAAUAUAUUUCUAGCAGAGGCAACAAGAGUCAUCAUGAUGAGAUAUGACGGAAGUGCUCGUCAGAAACUCCUCGACAUAAGUGCUAACUAUUUCGUGGCCAUGGCAUAUGACCCGGAAGGCCAGAGGUUAUACUACAACCUAUGGACGAUGAGGGUAUUCGGAUCUGUGAACAUUCACACGAGGAAUAGUACAGUAUACUCCCUCAGCAAUCAGUAUCCGUCUGUGACUAUCUAUGAGGGAGUGCUCUAUAUGACAGAUUUCAAUGAAAGGGAGAAAGUCUUCAAGAUGUCCCGAAAAGGGAAACUAAUUUCGGAUAUGCCUUGCGAUGGAUCUAAGUCCGGUUUCGCGAGAAUCGCCGUUUUUCGAAAAUAUGGGUGUUCCCCCGGCUGGUUUGGUCGCACGUGCAGCCUGGCCUGUGGACAGUGUCUUGAAGGAAGUGCUUGUGAUCACGAGUAUGGUUACUGCACACAAGGAUGUGACGUGGGAUGGACGGGUCGCACCUGUAAGGCAGAAUCUAAGGUCAGGUCACAUGAUUCUGGGACUACAUCUACUCCUCGCUCUCAGGGUCACCCCUGGUUAACCCAAGGUUAA